CAACAGUACGCUGCCAGAAAUAAAAGCGUAGAAGAAGGGUGCAGACUCCUGCCUCAAAGAAGUGUUGAGUUGUGCUGGUAGUGGCUUCCUUUCUCUGUGUUUGUUUAUUUCAUUGAAUCUGACAUAACAUAUCCCUGGUCCAGGUGGAUGCUGCCUUCCCCUGCACCUCCUAUUCCAGCUCAGCCUGUUGUGUGUGUGUGUGUGUGUAAAUUGACUCGUGGCCCAUGUGAGCGUGUUGCUGUAGGAUAGUGUAUGUAAGUGUGUGUGUGUGUGUGUGUGUGUGUGUGUGUGUGCGCCCACCAUGUCCCCGUCUCCCUCGUUGCUGAUGCUGAGUCCCUCGUUGUGUCUCCACCUACCCCUCCUCCUCCUGCUGCUGCUCAUCACCACGUCUGCCUCCUCCUCAAUUCCUAAAAAGGAGCCCGUGACCCAGCCUAGCAACACACCAGCAAACUGCACCACUGGAUGUGAUGAUGGGGGUGGCAGACACAAUGCAACAGAUCUGCAUGACACUAAGCAGUCAAAGGGCGGACUGGAGGAGCAGCUGUCCCGUGACUUAUCUCCAUCCAUCAACCACACCUUAAACAGCUCAGUAUCUUCACCUCCACUCAACCAAUCGGCAGAAGGAAAGCAACCAGCCAAUCAACAGCAAGUAUUACCCACACAGGCUGCUCAUACUUCUCCCAACACCAGCACUGCAGCUACUACACCCACAACUGCAAGGAAUGCCCACAAAACCACCAAUUCUACAACCACCACCACAAUAACAACCCAGACCUCAACUACACCCACACAACCUCCAACAUCUCCAAGAACAACUGCACCCACACCACCUCCAACAUCUCCAAGAACAACUACACCCACACCACCUCCAACAUCUCCAAGAACAACUACACCCACACCACCUCCAACAUCUCCAAGAACAACUACACCCACACCACCUCCAACAACACAAAUGAUAACAACUACACUUACAACCCCCUUAAUGACGACAACAACAACACUGACCCCAACCCCCAGACCUCCACUAUUCUCCACAGCAAACCCUGCAACCACUAUAAAAGCUACGACAGGACCACCAAAAGCUAACCCCAACCUUACGAUGACAACAACCAAAGGUACGCAACAGACGAAAGCCCCAAGCACUGCAGUGCCUCCACCAGUUAAGACGUCUCCACCCAAAGAGCCCACCACCGCCAGCAGCACCACUACUGAAAACCACAAAGAGCAGGUUGCCUCUGGGUCGGUGGUGGAGGUUGCCGGGUCGCCGUUGACCCUGCAGCUGGUGGACACGGCGUCUUUACUCUCCGUGCUGCUCUUCGGCCUGCUCUUCUUCUUGGUCUCGGUGGCUGUGUUCGUCACUCAGGCCUACGAGAGCUACCGGAGGAAGGACUACACCCAGGUGGACUACCUGAUCAACGGCAUGUACUCGGACUCCGGGGUGUGAGGGAGGAGGCACAGCGUGUUGGGACCUCUUAUCGCUUGGAGACAUGGAAGAUGGACAGGACGGAGGCGCUGUGGAUUCACGAGGUGCCGCUGUUCACGGGGGAAGUAGGAAAGGACUACACCGACAGCCCUGAUCUGUUCCUUAACGCUUCGCUCUUCCCCGCUUCUCUUUCUUUAACGGCUACAAGUCUAGGGGUUUGGUCCCAGUUUUGCCAAAUGUUGAGCAACGUCCUUUAGGUUACCUGGACGUAACCCCGGUUCUAUGUGCGAAGUCCUCUAUUGGCCCACGACAGAGCUCCUCCACUGCUGGUCAGUCAGUCUAGCUGUGAUUGGUCAGCGUUUCUCGACCAAUCAGAAGCUUCCAAGGAUAAAAAGAAACUGAUAUAUAUGUGUAGGCCUUAUUGGCAAAUAGUUUCAGGUUUUGUACCUUUUCCAGAUGAAUGUAUUUCAACUCAAAUUAAUUUCAGUUAAUUUGUAGCAUUCUACAUUUCUUUCCACAUUCAAACCCACGUUGUAUUUGAACUAUAAAGUCACAACCCAAUGGAGGACCAAAGCAGAUUUGUGAAUAUAAUAUCAGAGAUGUGAAUUUAUUUCACAUAAAAGGGACUUACAAAUGCUCUUUCAACCUUAAACAUUGACUUACAAGACGUCUUAACAAUACACCAAGAGGGCUAGGCAAUAACUCAGUAUAAUAAUAUCCUUCGUAUCAAAUCUGAUCAUAUGUCUGGGCAAAAUGUGAAUAUUAACAGUUUACUUAAAAUUGGUCACUUACAUUUCAAUAAUUGUGUCUGAUGUAAUACAGCCUGUCUGUCUGAGUGCUGUUACCUGUAGGAAAUGUAGCUGAUACAGAAGUUGACGUACUACGUGUGUUCCAGUUGAAUUAUCUUUUGAAUGUAGCGACAAAAUGGUCCAAUGAGUAACGUAGAGUGACUAAAACUGAACUUGUCUCUUUCAUACUUUAAUGAAAUGUGGGAAAACUUGUCUUGACCCCACUGAGGUAGAGGAGUUUUCUGAGAAAGCCAUCGCUCUGUUGCGUUUCCCCAGAUGUAUCAAGACCAAAGUAAACUCCCAGUGGUGUCAGUGGACCAGAGAGAGACCACGAGUACUUUUAGCUGAGUCACAGGGAUGAUGGUUUAGUCAUGGUGUUGCUAGCGUUGGCUCGGUGCGUGCUGCAGACGCUCUGUUUGUCUGCAGAUGCUUUGGUAAUGAGGUUAAACACGAUUAAAUCAGACCCACUUUUAAAAACAAACUGCCUCAUUCAGUUCACACUGAGAAUGAAUUAAAUCAACCUGGCUACAUUAAUGACUCCGUUAAGACCUAAAUCAAUGAUUUCAAAGAUUUGCCUCCAGGCUGAACAGCUGUAUGGCGUUGUUCCUGCAGCUGUGCACACCCUCCCUCAUUAUGUGUGCUCACAGCAUAUUGUAGCUCUGGUUGAGGACCAAUGGAAACAAUCGUACACUACUUUUGAACUGCGCUUUCUUCUAAAAAACAUCAUAAACAUAACAAAGAUAAAGUGGAGAGGACUGUUGUCCGGGAAAACAUUAGUACACAUAAAAUCUGACUGACUGUUGGUGCGUGCAGCAUUUUCUUUAUUGCGGUGAAACCUCCUCUUUAUCUUGUUACUUACACUGAGUAGGGCUGCAUGAUUUGGAAGAAUCAAACCGAAUGCGAUUAUUUUGACAGAUAUUGCAAAUAUGAUUUGCGACUUUAGAGGGAAAGAACAUUUAUGAAACAUAUUUUAUAUUAUCAUUGAAAAACAUUCUGUUGAAUAACAGGACUUCUCUGCAGCACCACAAGACUUCAUUCAGAUAUUUUUACAUAUUUUUCCUUUACCAAAUAUUGGUCCUACUGUGAUUUUAGAAUCCAUAUUGUGAUUUCUUAAAGAGGUAUUUCUAAAUUGUGCAGCCCUGAUCAGGACAUAACAGUCAGUUCUUUUUCAAUUCUACCUAAAACAAUAUAAGAAAGAGACAAGCAUUUGACAGAGCAGACUUAAAACAAAGCUUUGAUAAUGAAAGGUCAACGACAUCUUUACAUCUGAUGGGACAAACAGACAGAUGUGGAAAUAGCCUAGCCUAGCUUAGCUCAACGAAUGCUAGCCUUUCUCCUUCUCUGUUACUGCAGACAGCCAUUCCUCUCACCAUUUCAAAUUUUGCACAUUGCACUACUCUAAACCCUGCUGACAGAGGGUUACUAUGCCAACAUGUUUUACUUUUUUUAUAUAUCAAUGUCAAAUAUUUCCCAAAUGAUUGCCUUUUUAUUUCGCGGUCUUAUGAUUUCACCAUCAUUCCAUUAGCUUUCAUUGCUGCCGAUGACAUUUCAGAUGGCUCCUUUCAUGUUUCUGCUCAUCCUGCAAUGAAUCAUGGGUACAGCCCCAUGCUAGCUUAUUUCAAUACAUUUCAUAUUUUGCUCACACUGAAUGCAUUUCUGUUAUUAUUUUGUAUCGUCUGUAUUAAUCUGUCAUCUGUCUGUAUUAAUGACCAAUGUAAGGGAAUAAUUUCAACCAUUAUUCCUAAACAAAGUCUUCAUAUGGCUAAAAAAUAUAACUGUAUAUCUUCUUGUUUUUUUGUUUAGAUUUUUCAUAUUUUGAUAAUGGAUUUCAAGCCAUUUAUACACUAAAAACACACCACUACUAGAAAAAUGUUAUUCAGCAAAGAGAAAAAGUCUGAAAUAUGGCGUCUAAAUAGUAUUAUGAGACUCGUUUUCUCAUAAUGAAUGGAUUUAAUUGCCGUUAUUUUCCCAAUAGUGAGUGAGAAACAGAGUUAUGGAAGUUAUAAAUGUGAAAGCACGUGUCUUAAAGUUUGCAUUACAGUUGGAAAGUGAUGAACACACACUCGGCAGUAUCUGUUACAGUUAUGAACAAUAUAUAAUACAUGGGACAGCGGUUCUACCAGCGCUUAAAUUGCUCUCAAUAGAUUUCCAGAGAACACACACUGAUUUCUUGUUGCCUUUUCUCUCUUCUCGAUCACUUUGUAUUAGCUUUCUCCUCCUGAGGGUUCACGGUUGAUGGACAGUUGCCAAAUAUUCACUGAAGCACAUUAUUGUACGAUAAAGCCAAGGGAAACAUAAAGCCAUUAUUAAUAUGUGAUGCAUACCAUCACAUGGGAUUUUCUGCAGUUAAUCCAGUGAAAUGCAUUACCUUGAUUUCUUUUUUCUUUCAUGAUUUUCCACAUCUUUACAGAUGAUAUCACGCCAUAAACUGAUUUUAUUUGGGGUUUUGUAAGAAAAAAAUCCCCUCAAACCGUAUUUGUAAAAUAUCUGGUUUCAGAAUUGCAGGGGGAUAUGAAAAUCAGUUUCAAAGAGCAUAGGAGGCCAUUGGUACUGAAGGAAAGAGCAGCUUUGUUUGUAAUAAUUUAAAAUCUGUUUAUCUCGGGAGCAAGAUCUUUAUUCCAAUUUGCCGGGAAAAUUAAAUCUGUUUUUAUUAUCCUAAAAUCUAGACUUUUGAUUGGAACACCAGUUAUUAUGAAAACAAUGUAAUCCAGAGGUUUUUAAAAUGCCAUCAAAACCAGAGUUAAUGAAACGAGCCGCUCUCGUAUGUGGGUGUUGUGAUUUUUUUUUUUCAUAAUAUGAAUGUUCUCUCGUCAUUAUUGAUAAAAUCUAAACCAACCCACCUUCCAAUCAUGGAUAAAAACAGUCAUUAUUGAAGUUGUGAGCAUACUUCAGCCAAUUUGUUUAUGAUUACAGAAAAACGAUUCGUGUUAUCUUGACUUCACAAAAUAAAAUUGUAGAUGAUUGCAAACAGAGGCUUUCCCUGCUUUCUGUUAGUGGACUCAAGUGAAGUGAACUCCAAAUGUCGGAGGGAGGGAGGGACGGAAUGCAAACUGAUGAUGUACGGUGUCCUUAAUGUGAGUAAAGCAUCUUCAAGAUUUGAUGAUUUUCUAACUUUGAGUUACUCCUGAUGUCAAUAAUUGUAACAUGAGCUGUUUGAGGUCCUGGCUGAGGUGUUCAGGGUGGAUCUGUGUUUGAGAAAUGUCGUGUGUGCCAACUCAACAUUGUACGAAUGCACUUUAAAAAGAUAUUUUUACUUGCAGAGAAAAUAAAUAUUGAAAGAUAA